ACGUAUACCUAUAUAAAAGUGCCAUCGUGCCAUUCCCAAGGAUAGUUGGGCACUGCGCAUCGAGUGAACAUGAUCGAGUUUCUGAUACUAUUCCUUGGCGUUUACGGAGCAUUGGCGGCUCCUCACGCGCCCCACGUGAAUCACAAUCUUCCUCUGGAUAAUGAUACGGAAGUGGUCGACGGACAGCUUCCCGGUACGGAGAACCUUGACGAGAAGGCACUUCCGAUAUCUCGUUUAUUCGCUACGGGAUCGAGUAAUCUGCCAGCGAGGAAUAAUCUGGCGGAAAGAUCUCAGGUACCUCAGAAACUUCCCGGGACGGGAAAUCUGGCGGAAAAACGAAUCCCCGAUGUCGUUUUGAAGAAAUUGUUUGAUGCCAAUUAAAGAAAAUAAAAUCCUGACAAAAGAUGUAAUAGUUUAUUCAAUGACAUUUAAAAUGAAUUAAUUUAAUUGUUGUUGCCAUUGUGUGUAUGUGUGUGUAAAGGACAUUUUUGAAUAAAUCCUCGGCACAAUAUAAACUGUUAUAAUAUACCUUUUUGUUGAAUACAAGUGAAAAAAGAACUUUUUCAAUAUUCAAAAUA